CGCGGUCCCCCCGAAGAUACAAGCCGAGGAGGUAUGCGUCACCUCCACGGAACAACGCAGGCUUACGUGACAAACUGAACGUGCUUACACAAGGUGUCGCGGAGAUGAAGGAACAUCUCGAUGCAGAGAAAGCCAAGAAGGAGGCGAAAGAAUGAAGGAAGUUGGAGAAAGAACGAAGGAAAGAAGAAGAGAGGAUACUGGCCGAAGAAGAGGAAACCCGCAGGAAGGAGGAAGAGGAACGACGCGAGGAGAAGAAGCGCAAGAAGGCUGAAAAAGCGAAGCAAGAAGCUAUGCUGCGCGCGGAGAUGAAGAGAGAAGUGGCGCUCCACGCCACUCUGUUGAUGAGCGAAAUUAAAGAUGAUUGGAUCAACGAAAUGAAGUCUUCACUGAUGCCGGCACUCCUAGCCGGGAAGGUGGAUGCUAAGGGCAAGAAGAAGCUAGAGCCAGCUCAAGUGGCGGGGUCUUCUUCGGACGAUAGCGACGACAGGAGUGAGACAAGUGUCACCCAAGAGAUUAGCGACAAGGCCCGACAACUGUGUAUUUCUGAAAAGCGCAAGCGGUUCGAUGACGUGGCGAUCGAAGGGAGCCCGCCAAUGGAAUUGCCAACGAAGCGGACUCCGAGAAAGACCACUGCCAGGCCAGUGCUCAUUUCUGAUCGGAUGACAAGGUCCAAAGCAAAGAAGAAAGGAGGAGGCAUCGCUAUUCGUACUAAGAGAAAGUCUCCGGUAAAAACGCCACUCGCUAAAGUUCUGAAGUCGGCAAAGAAGUCUACACCACCGAGCGGAAGGAUCACUCCGGCCAGCAAAGCCUUGCUGCGACUACGUUUCCGGGACGCCAUCAUGCGUGAGCUGAAGGACUGCAACGCUGAUGAGCUUCAGCGAAUCUGCCGAGAGGAAGGAUUACACUAUGAAGUUUCCCCGUACUGUAAGUCGAGUUAUAUUGGCAAGACCUCUCGAGAUUGCACCCCACGAUGGCGUGAGCAUUUGUAUGCAGUUCGAAGACGUACGCAAUCACACUUCCAUCGCUGGAUUGCCUCUUUUGGUACAGGGAACUAUGUCCUUAUCCCAGUCGAUUAUAUUGAGGGUGCUGAUAUCGUUAAGCUUGAGAAUUUGUACAUUAAUCGGUGGUCACCAUUUCUCAACACCGCAGGGGUGAGAAAGGAACAUAAGAAAUCGGUUAGGAGGAAGUCGGGAAAAAGCGAGAGGAACCGAAGUAAAGCUGUAAAAACAGAUAUCUCCUUGGGAAAUCCCGUUUCUCCAAUCCACUUUCACCGAGUGUCCGAUAAUUCAAGUUUUCUGGAUCUUUACUCCUUCUUGGAUGGAGUCUUGAGCUUUGGUAACGAUAAUUGUGUAAUUCGAUCUACUGGUGGUAAGGACUGGACCCCUAGUUGGAGGAAGUUGACUAAAGCGUUUGGGGACUGCAAAAUUGUGCAUCAAAGUCGUACGACCACCCUAAAGGAAUGUAAGAUUUGGUUUGAAAAGGGGGGAGUAUUUCAUAUUCUACAUGUUGUAAAAUGGAAGUCUCGUUGCAAAUAUCUUAAGAAGGUCUUGGUGGGUAUUCUGCGCAACCCGAACAAAUUAAAUGAGUUGUACCGUUGGGAUAUGAAGUCCAUGCUACGUAUCUAUCGUGUGAUCAAGGAUUUUUCAAGAAACUCGACAAGGAAAUACCUUCGUAGGUUGGUUUCUCGUUGUUUCCAAGAGCGUUUUGGCCUCAGUCUGGCUUCUGACCUCACGUUUCGUAUUAAGUUUGAUGACAGGAUUGUUACGUCGGAAUUCAGGAAAGUAGUGAACGACGCUUUGUCUUUGUGCAAUUUACCGCAUAGCUUCAUGCUCAGAGCACAUAGGAAGCUUUGCAUCGUUGGAACCAAGAAUCCAACGAUAGCUGAUCUCUUGCACAACCAUCGUAGUUACUCUACACGAUGCGUGCUUACCUGCUGUUGCGCAGGUAUGGACCUCCCACGUGUGAAUGAGCAUGUGACCUUUCGUUUGAGCGAGUUAGCAGACGUGAACCCGCUUUUACUGAAUGCGAACAACAUUCCCAAAGUCAGAGUCGAUGAUAGACUUCAUUUGCUUAGGCAGGAGCUGACUGAUGGUUUCCGUAAUUGGAAGAACUUGGAUGGAAAGGUACCAGACUACUCAAGCUUGGAUCUCUCACUUUGCCUCUCAACAGGCAGCGACGCUGGCCUGGGUAUCUCGACAGAUGAGGUGCUUGCACUGAAAUCCCGUUUAAAGAACCUGGUUGUCACUGCAGUUGACCAGAACUCAGGCGAGUCCGUGGCAAUGUGCCCCGCUGUGUAUUUCAAAGCUAUGAUGGAUACUUUCGUUUGUAAUCCUGGGUACCGAAUGAUUAAGUGCCCUGCUACUCAGGUGAUCAGGGAGAUACGCAAGGAGGUCUCAGGUUCGAACCUCGGUAAGUUUGUAAGUUGGAACCGGGAGGGCACAUUCGGCUCUGCUUAUGUAAUUCCAAAACAGAACGAUCUCAGUCGAUAUCGCCCAAUCUGUCCUUCGUUCAGUGAACCAACCGUGAGAACUGCUCGGUUGGUAGCUAAAGUCUUGAAUCACUUGCUUUACACUCUGCCCAAGCAAUGGCACUUCAAUCUUAGAGCGGUUUCUGAGGCCAGGGCCAAAGGGGCCAGGCCAUGGGAGGCCGAGGACCGGGCGCACAGGGGGUUGGCGGACAGGGAAACCGCCAAGCGGGAGGUAGGGGUCAAGGUCCCCCGUUAGAUCGCCAGGGUAACCGGUCCCCACAACGAGGAGGUGGAAGGGCACCUCAAGGAGGAUGGCACCCAGGCUUGCCGUAGGGCAGGCCCUGGGACACGAUUGAACGCAAUCAAUGGCAAAUUAUGUA